CCGCCCGGCCCCUGCGCGCCGAGGUGCGCGCGCCCGCGCGUAUGUGUGUGAGUGCGUGUCCUGCUCGCUCCAUGUUGCCGCCUCUCCCGGUACCUGCUGCUGCUCCCGGGGCUGCGGGAAAUGCGAGAGGCUGAGCCGGGGAGGAGGAACCCGAGCAGCAGCGGCGGCGGCGGCCGCGGCGGCGGCGGCGGGAGGAGCCCCCCAGGAGGAGGACCGGGAUCCAUGUGUCUUUCCUGGUGACUAGGAUGUCGUCGGAGGAGGACAAGAGCGCGGAGCAGACGCAGCCGCCGCCACCACCCCCCGAGGAGCCCGGAGCCCCGGCCCCGAGCCCCGCAGCCGCAGACAAAAGACCUCGGGGCCGGCCUCGCAAAGAUGGCGCUUCCCCUUUCCAGAGAGCCAGAAAGAAGCCUCGAAGUAGAGGAAAAAUUACAGUGGAAGAUGAGGACAGCAUGGAUGGACUGGAGACAACAGAAGCAGAAAAUAUUGUGGAAACAGAAAUCAAAGAACAGUCUGCAGAAGAGGAUGCUGAAGCGGAAGUGGACAUCAGCAAACGGCCAGUCCCAGUCCUCGAGCGCUCGGUGUCUGAGGACUCUGCGAGCUCCCUGGUCUCUGUUGGUGUAGAAGUCAAAAUCAGUGAACAGCUCUGCGCUUUUUGUUACUGUGGUGAAAAAAGUUCCUUAGGACAAGGAGACUUAAAACAAUUUAGAGUAACGCCUGGGUUUAUCUUGCCGUGGAAAAGCCAGCCUUUUAACAAGAAGGACAUUGAUGACAGCAGCAAUGGAACCUGUGACAAAAUACAAAACUCAGCAUCACGAAAACAAAGAGGACAGAGAAAAGAACGAUCUCCUCUACAGAAUAUAGUAUCUUGUGUAAGUGUGAGCACGCAGACUGCUUCGGAUGACCAGGCUGGUAAAUUAUGGGAUGAACUCAGUCUGGUUGGCCUUCCAGACGCCAUUGAUAUCCAAGCCUUAUUUGAUCCUACAGGCACCUGCUGGGCCCAUCACCGUUGCGUGGAGUGGUCGCUGGGAGUGCGCCAGUUGGAGGAGCCGUCACCGGUGAGCGUGGACAAAGCUGUCGUCUCAGGGAGCACAGAGCGAUGUGCGUUUUGUAAGCACCUUGGAGCCACUAUCAAAUGCUGUGAAGACAAGUGCACCCAGAUGUACCAUUAUCCUUGUGCCGCUGGAGCUGGUACCUUCCAGGACUUCAGGAACUUCUUCCUUCUGUGUCCAGAGCACAUCGACCAAGCUCCUGAGAGAUCAAAGGAAGAUGCAAACUGUGCAGUGUGCGACAGCCCGGGAGACCUCUUAGAUCAGUUCUUUUGUACUACUUGUGGUCAGCACUAUCAUGGAAUGUGCCUGGAUAUAGCGGUUACUCCAUUAAAACGUGCAGGUUGGCAAUGUCCUGAGUGCAAAGUGUGCCAGAACUGCAAACAAUCGGGAGAAGAUAGCAAGAUGCUAGUGUGUGAUACGUGUGACAAAGGGUAUCAUACUUUUUGUCUUCAACCAGUUAUGAAAUCAGUACCAACCAAUGGCUGGAAAUGCAAAAAUUGCAGAAUAUGUGUAGAGUGUGGCACACGGUCUAGUUCUCAGUGGCACCACAAUUGCUUGGUAUGUGACAGUUGUUACCAACAACAGGAUAACUUAUGUCCUUUCUGUGGGAAGUGCUACCAUCCAGAAUUGCAGAAAGACAUGCUUCACUGUAAUAUGUGCAAGAGAUGGGUUCACUUAGAAUGUGACAAACCAACAGAUCACGAGCUGGAGUCUCAGUUCAAAGAAGAGUAUAUCUGCAUGUAUUGUAAACACUUAGCUGCUGAAAUGGACCCCUUACAGCCAGGUGAUGAAGUGGAGAUGGCCGAAGUCACUACAGAUUGUAAUAAUGAAAUGGAAGUUGAAGGGCCUGAAGACCAUAUGGUAUUUCCGGAGCAAGUAGUUAACGAAGACAUCAGUGGUCAGGAGUCCACACCUGGAAUUGUUCCAGAUGCAGUUCACAUCCAUACAGAAGAGCAGCUGAAGAGUAAUUCACCAGAAAGUCUCGACACACAUGAUCUUCUCAUUUCUGAAUCCUCCCAAGACAAAAUGAAUCCUGCAUUGGAAAAUCAGAUUUCUCAAGAAGCCGAUAGUGAAAAAAUGGAAAUGUCUUCUAAAGUGAUGCAUAUUUGUGAUGAAAAUCAAAAUGAAAACAAAAUGGAAGUGACAGAAAACGUUGACGUCCUUACACACCAGAUCACUGUGCGGCACGAGGAUCUGCAGCUAGAGGAACCCAAAAUGCUGGCAUCCGCAGAAGAAUCACGGCCUCCGAAAUUGUCCGUUGAAUCUGCCACUGGUCCCCCAGAGGCCCUAAGGUCCCCGUGUGAGGAAAGUACUUCUUUAUGUUCUAAGGAACAUUUGGCUGUAGAAAGGGUACCAGAAGCGAUGGAACAGAAAGAAAGUUCAGAAUCUUCCGCCGUGUUUAUGGACUUUGAAAUGGCCCCUGUAGUUGAGAGCUGUGUGAAAGAUGGUUUAUGCCAAGAAGACAAAUCUGUAAAAUUACCAUCGGAGACAGAGUUGUCAUUUUCGUCAGCGGCAGGCGUAAGCAAGGCAAAUGCGUCUUCCUCUCCACUCUCUUCAGACUUGCCUUCCCAGGACACACUGCAUAGCUACCCUUCAACCCUCAGUGCUUCUGUUGGAAACAUUAUGCCAACGACUUACAUCUCAGUCACUCCAAAAAUUGGCAUGGGUAAACCAGCUAUUACCAAAAGAAAAUUUUCUCCUGGUAGACCUCGGUCCAAACAGGGGGCUUGGAGUACCCAUAAUACAGUGAGCCCACCUUCCUGGUCCCCAGACAUUUCAGAAGGUCGGGAAAUUUUUAAACCCAGGCAGCUUCCUGGCAGUGCCAUUUGGAGCAUCAAAGUGGGCCGUGGGUCGGGAUUUCCGGGGAAGCGGAGACCUCGUGGUGCAGGACUGUCAGGACGAGGCGGCAGAGGCAGGUCAAAAUUGAAAAGUGGAAUCGGAGCAGUUGUGUUACCUGGGGUGUCUGCUGCAGAUCUUUCGUCGAAUAAGGAUGAAGAAGAAAACUCUAUGCAUAAUACAGUGGUGUUGUUUUCUAGCAGUGACAAGUUCACCUUGCAUCAGGAUAUGUGUGUAGUUUGUGGCAGCUUUGGCCAAGGAGCAGAGGGAAGAUUACUUGCCUGCUCUCAGUGUGGUCAGUGUUACCAUCCAUACUGUGUCAGUAUUAAGAUCACUAAAGUGGUUCUUAGCAAAGGUUGGAGGUGCCUCGAGUGCACUGUGUGCGAGGCCUGUGGGAAGGCCACUGACCCCGGAAGACUCCUGCUGUGUGAUGACUGUGACAUAAGCUAUCAUACCUACUGCCUCGACCCUCCUCUGCAGACCGUGCCCAAAGGAGGCUGGAAGUGCAAAUGGUGUGUGUGGUGCAGACACUGUGGGGCAACGUCUGCAGGCCUGAGAUGUGAAUGGCAAAACAAUUACACACAGUGUGCUCCCUGUGCAAGCUUGUCUUCCUGCCCCGUCUGCUAUCGGAACUAUCGAGAAGAAGAUCUUAUUCUGCAAUGUAGACAAUGUGACAGAUGGAUGCAUGCGGUUUGUCAGAACUUAAAUACUGAAGAGGAAGUGGAAAAUGUAGCCGACAUUGGUUUUGAUUGUAGCAUGUGUAGACCCUAUAUGCCUACGUCAAAUGUGCCUUCCUCAGACGGCUGCGAAUCUUCACUUGUAGCACAGAUUGUCACGAAAGUGAAAGAGCUAGAUCCACCCAAGACAUACACCCAGGAUGGUGUGUGUUUGACUGAAUCAGGGAUGACUCAGUUACAGAGCCUCACAGUUACAGUUCCACGAAGAAAACGGUCCAAACCAAAGUUGAAGUUGAAGAUUAUAAACCAGAAUAGUGUGGCUGUCCUUCAGACCCCUCCGGACAUCCAAUCAGAGCAUUCAAGGGAUGGAGAAAUGGAUGAUAGUCGAGAAGGAGAACUUGUGGACUGUGAUGGGAAAUCAGAAUCUAGUCCUGAACGGGAAGCUGUGGACGAUGAAACGAAGGGGGCGGAAGGAACAGACGGUGUGAAAAAGAGAAAAAGGAAACCGUACAGACCAGGUAUCGGUGGAUUUAUGGUACGGCAAAGAAGUCGAACCGGGCAAGGAAAAACGAAAAGAUGUGUCAUUAGAAAAGAUUCUUCAGGCUCUAUUUCUGAGCAGUUACCUAACAGAGAUGAUGGCUGGAGUGAGCACUUACCAGAUACACUAGUUGAUGAAUCUGUUUCUGUUACUGAAAACACUGAAAAAAUAAAGAAGAGAUACCGAAAAAGGAAAAAUAAGCUUGAAGAAACGUUCCCUGCCUAUUUACAAGAAGCUUUCUUUGGAAAAGAUCUUCUAGAUACAAGUAGACAAAACAAGCUAAGUUUAGAUAAUCUAUCAGAAGAUACGGCUCAACUUUCAUAUAAAACAAACAUGAGCACAAAUUUCUUGGAUCCUUCCUUAGAUCCACUCCUUAGUUCAUCAUCAACUCCAGCAAAACCUGGAACGCACGGUACGACUGAUGACCCCUUAGCUGAUAUUUCUGAAGUCUUAAACACAGAUGAUGACAUUCUUGGAAUAAUUUCAGAUGACCUUGCAAAAUCAGUUGAUCAUUCAGGUCUUGAUUUAUGCACUUUCCAGGUUGAGAGCUCGCCUUUUCCAUUUGCCGGCAUAGAUAUUGGUCCUGUCGCUGAUGAUGCAUCGUCUUUGCCUCAGCCAAGUGUCAAUCCCAGUUCACGACCACUAAGUGAAGAGCAGCUAGAUGGAAUCCUCAGUCCUGAGCUAGACAAAAUGGUCACAGAUGGAGCAAUUCUUGGAAAGUUAUAUAAAAUUCCAGAGCUUGGAGGGAAGGAUGUUGAAGACUUGUUCACCGCUGUGCUUAGUCCUGCGACCGCCCAGCCGACCCCGCUAGCACAGCCUCCCCCACCGCCUGCACCUCAGCUGCUGCCCAUACACAGCCAGGAUGUGUUUUCGCGGAUGCCACUCAUGAAUGGCCUUAUUGGACCCAAUCCUCACCUCCCACAUAAUUCUUUGCCUCCUGGAAGUGGAUUGGGAACUUUCUCUACUGUAGCACAAUCCCCUUACACUGAUACCAGGGAUAAAAAUCCAGCAUUUCAUCCGAUGGCAAGUGAUCCUAACAGCUCUUGGACGUCAUCCGCUCCCACGGUGGAGGGAGAGAACGAUACAAUGUCAAAUGCCCAGAGAAGCACGCUGAAAUGGGAGAAGGAGGAGGCUCUGGGUGAAAUGGCAACAGUAGCACCUGUUCUCUACACAAACAUCAAUUUCCCCAGCCUGAAGGAGGAAUUCCCUGACUGGACGACGAGAGUGAAGCAGAUUGCCAAGCUGUGGAGAAAAGCGAGCUCGCAGGAAAGAGCGCCUUACGUGCAAAAAGCCAGAGAUAACAGGGCUGCUUUACGCAUUAAUAAAGUACAGAUGUCAAAUGAUCCCCUGAAGAGGCAGCAACAGCAAGACAGCAUCGAUCCUGGCUCUCGCAUUGAUUCGGACCUUUUUAAAGAUCCGUUAAAGCAAAGAGAAUCGGAACAUGAACAGGAAUGGAAAUUUAGACAGCAAAUGCGCCAGAAGAGUAAGCAGCAAGCCAAGAUCGAAGCCACGCAGAAGCUCGAACAGGUGAAGAACGAGCAGCAGCAGCAGCAGCAGUUUGGCGCGCAGCCCCCCGUGGCCCCGUCCGGCUCGGACACGCCGAGCAGCGGCAUACAGAGCCCCCUGACCCCCCAGCCUGGCAACGGGAAUGCGUCUCCUGCACAGGCGUUCCAUAAGGACCUGUUUCCGAAGCAGCUCCCCAGUGCCCCCUCGUCCGCGUCGUCAGAUGACGUGUUCGUGAAACCGCAGGCUCCUCCCCCGGCUGCAGCCCCGGCCCGAGGCCCCGUCCAGGAGAGUCUGUCGCAGCCUCAGACCUGUCAGCCCCCUUCACCACAGGUGUUUUCAGCUGGGUCCGCUCACUCCCGGCCACCCUCCCCAGUGGAUCCUUAUGCAAAAAUGGUUGGGACUCCGAGACCACCUCCUGGGGGCCACGGCUUUUCCAGAAGAAAUUCCGCUGCCCUGGUGGAAAACUGUGCUCCUCUGCCCCCAGUCCCCAGGCCUGCUCCGGUGAGUGAGGCCACGGCAAAUAGGCCGUCCCCAGCCAGAGACUUCUGUGCUUCCUCCACGGCAAAUGGUGACCCCUAUGCAAAGCCUCCAGACACGCCCAGACCUACGAUGACCGACCAGUUUCCCAAGCCCUCGGGCCUCCCCCGGUCUCCGGUGGUUGCCGAGCAGACUGCAAAAGGCCCUCUGGCAGCUGGCACCAGCGAUCACUUCAGCAAACCGUCUCCCAGGGCAGAUGUGUUUCAGAGACAGCGGAUUCCUGACCCGUACGUACGGCCCUUGUUGACACCCGCACCUCCCGACAGUGGCCCUGGGCCCUUCAAGGCUCCGAUGCAGCCCCCUCCACCUUCCCAGGAUCCCUAUGGGCCGGUGUCGCAGGCACCAAGGCGACUGUCUGUGGACCCUUACGAGAGGCCUGCGUUCGCACCGAGACCUGGAGAUAACUUUUCUCACAGCCAGUCAGGUGGCCCAUACAGCCAGCCUCCCCUGACCCCACAUCCGGCAACGAAUGAGUCUUUGGCCCAUCCCUCAAGGGCUUUUUCCCAGCCUGGAACCAUGUCAAGGCCGACAUCUCAGGACCCGUAUUCCCAGCCCCCAGGGACUCCACGCCCUGUUGUAGAUGCUUACCCCCAACCCUCGGGAACAUCUCGCUCCAACCCAGACCCCUACUCUCAACCUCCUGGAACUCCCCGGCCCACCACGAUUGACCCCUACAGUCAGCAGCCACCAACCCCAAGGCCGCCUACACAAGCAGACUUGUUUGUACCGCCGGCCGCGAACCAGAGGCAUUCGGACCCCUAUGCGCAUCCCCCUGGAACACCAAGACCUUACUCUCAGCCACCAGCAGCACCAAGGCCAAGGAUUUCAGAGGGUUUUCCUAGGUCCUCAAUGACAAGACCGGUCCUCAUGCCAAAUCAGGAUCCUUUCCUGCAAGCAGCACAAAAUCGAGGACCAGCUUUAUCUGGUCCAUUGAUAAGGCCGCCUGAUACAUGUUCCCCAAGUCCUAGGCCACCUGGACCCAGUCUUUCAGAAACUUUCAGCCGAGUUUCCCCGUCUGCUACUCGGGAUGCGUAUGAUCAGCCUCCAAUGACUCCAAGAACUCAGUCUGACUCUUUUGGAACAAGUCAAGUUGCCCAUGAUGUUGGUCAGUCAAGGCCUGGAUCAGAGGGGAGCUUCAGUGCGCCUUCAAACUCUCCAAUGAGUUCUCAAAGCCAACAAUUUUCCAGCGUCUCCCACCUUCCUGGACCUGUACCAACUUCCGGGGUCACUGAGACGCAGAGUACCGUAAACAUGUCACAAGCAGAUACAGAGAAAUUGAGACAGCGGCAGAAGUUACGUGAAAUCAUUCUCCAGCAGCAACAGCAGAAGAAGAUGGCAGGUCGGCAGGAGAAGGGGUCCCAGGAUGCAGUAGCGGGGCCUCUUCCAGCGCCCCUGCAGCACUGGCAGCCGGACAGCAUCAGCCAGGCUUUUGCUAGGGCUCCGCCCCCCUAUCCCGGGAGCAUCAGAUCUCCUGUCGUCCCUCCUCUGGGACCUAGAUACGCAGUUUUCCCAAAAGAUCCACGUGGACCCUAUCCUUCUGAUGUUACUGGUAUGGGGAUGCGACCUCACGGAUUUAGAUUUGGAUUUCCAGGAGGUAGUCAUGGUACCCUGUCAAGUCAGGAACGCUUCCUUGCACCUCCUCAGCAAAUACAGGGGUCUGGAGCUCCUCCACAGCUGAGAAGAUCGAUGUCUGUAGACAUGCCGAGGCCUUUAAAUAACUCGCAAAUGAAUAACCCAGUUGGCCUCCCUCAGCAUUUUCCACCACAGAGUCUGCCGGUUCAGCAGCAUAACAUACUGGGUCAAGCUUUUAUUGAACUGAGGCACAGGGCACCCGAUGGAAGGCCGCGGCUGCCCUUCACUGCUCCUCCCGGCAGUGUUCUAGAGGCACCUUCUCAUCCAAGACAUGGAAACUUCAUUCCCCGGCCGGACUUUCCAGGCCCUAGACACGCAGAGCCCUUGAGACGACCUUCUCAAGGCCUGCCAACCCAGCUCCCUUUGCAUCCAAAUUUGGAACAAGUGCCACCAUCGCAGCAAGACCAAAGCCAUCCCGCCCAUUCAUCUUCUGUGGUCCUGAGGUCCCUGAGUCAUCCCUUAGGUGGUGAAUUCCCAGAGGCCUCUUUGUCAACAUCUACACCAGCUGAAACGGCAUCUGAUAAUUUACAGAUAACCACCCAGUCUUCUGAUGGUCUUGAAGAAAAACUCGAUACUGAUGACCCAUCUGUAAAGGAACUAGAUGUUAAAGACCUCGAGGGAGUGGAAGUCAAAGACUUGGAUGAUGAAGAUCUCGAAAAUUUAAAUCUAGACACAGAGGACGGCAAGGGAGAUGAAUUGGACACUUUAGGUAAUUUGGAAACUAAUGACCCCAACCUGGAUGACCUCUUAAGGUCAGGAGAAUUUGAUAUCAUUGCGUACACAGAUCCAGAACUUGACCUAGGAGAUAAGAAAAGCAUGUUUAAUGAGGAACUAGACCUUAAUGUUCCCAUCGAUGAUAAGAUAGAUAAUCAGUGUGGGUCUGUUGAGCCAAAAAUGAAGGAGCAGGAAGACAAGACUGUGGUUCCUUCUGAUAAACCUUCUCCGUGGAAAAAAUCCACUGGUACCAGUGAGAUAAAAACAGAAGUACUGUCUCCAGAUUCUAAAGGGGAAGGCAGAUGUGAAAGUGAGAAAAGCAGUGAGAGUAAAGACAACGUCGGCACCCCCAGCUCACAGGCUUCAGCUCACACAGAUGUCAGUGACGGAGAAAAGGCUGUCCCGCAGCCCUGCGACACGGAUCUACUGGAGAAGAGAACCCCCCGAGAAGCCACUGGCUCCACCCCAGGUGUCCGCGGCUCCACGCAGCUGCCUGCGGAAGACGUGAUGAACGCUUGCGGCAUAACCGCAUCAACUCCCGUUCUCUCGAGUUUACUUGCUAAUGAAAAAUCUGAUAACUCAGACGUCAGGCCCCUGGGGUCCCCGCCACCCACGCUGCCAGCCUCACCAUCCGGUCACAUGUCAAGUUUGCCGCCUCCUUUAAUGACACCGCCCGGGCACAUGUUGGAUGGUACCAUGAAUUCUAACAUGCCAGUAGUCUCUAGGGUAAACCACACUUUUCCUCAGGGCGUGCAGGUAAACCCAGGAUUCAUUCAGGGCCAGUCACCAGUUAAUCACGGUUUUGGGACCGGAAAACCUGCAAAUCAAACUGUGCCUCUCACGAGCCAGUCUGGACCCCAGCAGCUGAUGAUCCCUCCCACGUUAGCCCAGCAGAGUAGAGAGAGGCCCCUCCUUCUGGAGGAACAGCCUCUGCUUCUGCAGGACCUUCUGGAUCAAGAGAGGCAGGAGCAGCAGCAGCAAAGACAGAUGCAAGCUAUGAUUCGCCAGCGGGCAGAGCCGUUUUUCCCUAACAUCGAUUUUGAUGCAAUUACAGAUCCUAUAAUGAAAGCCAAAAUGGUGGCCCUAAAAGGCAUAAAUAAAGUAAUGGCACAAAACAAUAUGGGCAUGCCACCCAUGGUUAUGAACAGGUUCCCCUUUAUGGGCCAGUCGGUGACCGGGGCGCAAACCAGCGAAGGCCAGAGUCUCCUCCCGCAGGCGAUGGCCCAGGAUGGCAGUAUAACACAUCAGAUUUCUAGGCCUAAUCCUCCAAAUUUUGGUCCAGGCUUUGUCAAUGAUUCACAACGUAAACAGUAUGAAGAAUGGCUUCAGGAGACCCAACAGCUUCUUCAGAUGCAGCAGAAAUAUCUCGAAGAACAAAUUGGCGCGCACAGGAAGUCCAAGAAGGCCCUUUCCGCGAAACAACGUACUGCAAAGAAAGCAGGGCGGGAAUUUCCAGAAGAGGAUGCAGAACAACUCAAGCAUGUUACGGAACAGCAGAGCAUGGUUCAGAAACAGCUAGAACAGAUCCGCAAACAGCAGAAGGAGCAUGCCGAGUUGAUAGAAGAUUAUCGGAUCAAGCAGCAGCAGCAGCAGCAGCAGCAGUGCGCCAUGGCGCCGCCUCCCGUGAUGCCAGGGGUCCCGCCCCAGCCGCCCCUGGUUCCGGGUGCCACCCCAGCUGCCAUGAGCCAGCCCAGCUUCCCCAUGGUGCCUCAGCAGCUGCAGCACCAGCAGCACGCGGUGAUUUCCGGUCACUCCAGCCCUGCGAGAAUGCCCGGUUUGCCGGCGUGGCAGCCUGCCAGUGCUCCUGCCCACCUCCCCCUCAAUCCUGCCAGGAUCCAGCCUCCCGUUGCCCAGUUACCAAUAAGAACUUGCACGCCGGCGCCAGGGACGGUGUCCAGUGCAAAUCCCCAGAGUGGACCGCCCCCACGGGUGGAGUUUGACGACAACAACCCCUUCAGUGAGAGUUUCCAGGAACGAGAGCGGAAAGAACGUUUACGAGAACAGCAGGAAAGACAGCGAAUCCAGCUCAUGCAAGAGGUGGACAGACAACGGGCUCUGCAGCAGGGGGUGGGGGUGCCGCCGCAUGGCCCCAUGCGGUCCCAGCUUCCGUUCUACAGCUCCGACCUGCCUUGUGACUUUACCCAGCCUCCACGGCCCCUUCAGCAGUCUCCGCAACACCAACAGCAGAUGGGGCAGAGCAUCCAACAGGGAUCUCUUAAUUCCCCUCCCACCCCAACGUUCAUGCAAACCAAUGAGCGAAGGCAGAUAGGGCCUCCCUCGUUCGUUCCGGACUCGCCGUCAGUUCCUGGCGGAAGCCCCGGCUUCCAUUCUGUUAAGCAGGUACACGGAGGUCUUUCUGGGGCCAGCUUCCAGCAGUCCCCAGCGAGGCCACCUUUUGCACCUGCUUUACCCGCGGCGCCCACAGUAGGUAGUGGCAGUCUCCCGUGUGGCCAAGACCCUACCGCAGCCCACGGACAAAGUCACCCAGGGUCGACCCAGUCGCUCAUUCAGUUGUAUUCUGACAUAAUCCCAGAAGAAAAGGGGAAAAAGAAAAGAACAAGAAAGAAGAAGAAAGACGAUGAUGUGGAAUCCACCAAGGCACCAUCCACUCCCCACUCAGAUAUAACUGCUCCCCCCACCCCGAGUAUCUCAGAAACUACCUCCACACCCACCGUGAACACACCCGGCGAGCUUCCUCAGCAAGGAGAACCCGAGUUGGUGGAACCCGUCUGCCCGUCGACUCCCAACACGGCCGCCGGCCAGCUGUGCGCAGAGUUAGAAAGCAGGCUGCCCCAGAGUGAGUUAGCUCAGGGAGCUCCCAACCAACCCGCCUUCGCGGAGUCGGAGGCGGAAAAGCACUCUGUGGAAACCCCUGCCUCCACGGAAGAGGUGACGCUGGAGACCGCCGAGCCCCAGCAGUGCCCCAGCGAAGACGGGCCUGACCUGGAGGAACGAGCCGGAAAUAAGGUCGAGGAGAAAGCCGGGGCUGGUCCUGUCUCCUCAGGGCAGAGCCCUCCCCAUCCUGCUGGGGCCCCUGCUGCCAAAGGAGAUUCAGGCAACGAGCUUCUGAAGCAUCUGCUGAAAAAUAAAAAGUCAUCUUCCCUUUUGAGUCAAAAACCUGAAGGCAGCUUUUGUUCAGAAGAUGCGUGUACGAAGGAUAACCAAGUGGUUGAGAGGCAGAACCCAGUCGAAGGAUUGCAAACCCUGGGGGCUCAGAUGCAAGGUGGUUUUGGAUGUGGCAGCAACCCCUUGCCAAAAACGGAUGGAGGAAGUGAGACCAAGAAACCGCGAAGCAAACGGACUCAGAGGGUGGGGGAGAAGGCCGCACCGCGCUCGAAGAAAAGGCGGAAGGACGAAGAGGAGAAACGCGCCUUGUCCUCUGCCACCGACACCUUUACGCACCUGAAGCAGCAGAAUAAUUUAAGUAAUCCUCCAACACCCCCUGCCUCUCUUCCUCCUACACCACCUCCUAUGGCUUGUCAGAAGAUGGCAAAUGGUUUUGCGACAACUGAAGAACUUGCUGGAAGAGCCGGCGUAUUAAUGAGCCACGAAGUUACCAAAAGUCUAGGACCGAAAGCAUUUCAGCUGCCCUUCAGACCACAAGACGACUUGUUAGCCAGAGCUAUCGCUCAGGGCCCGAAGACCGUCGAUGUGCCAGCCUCACUGCCGACACCGCCUCAUAACAAUCAGGAAGAAUUAAGGAUACAGGAUCACGCUGGUGGUCGGGACACUCCUGACAGUUUCGUUCCGUCGUCCUCUCCUGAGAGUGUGGUUGGGAUGGACGUGAGCAGAUACCCAGAUUUGUCGUCGGUCAAAGAGGAGCCCCCGGAGCCUGUGCCAUCUCCCAUCAUCCCGAUCCUUCCUAGCAGUACUGGCAAAGGUUUGGAAUCUAGAAGGAAUGACAUCAAGACUGAGCCUGGCACUUUAUUUUUCACACCGCCUUUUGGUUCCUCUCCAAACGGUCCCAGAUCGGGUCUUAUAUCUGUGGCAAUUACUCUGCAUCCUACAGCUGCUGAGAACAUUAGCAGCGUCGUGGCUGCGUUUUCCGACCUUCUCCACGUCCGAGUUCCUAACAGCUAUGAGGUCAGUAAUGGUCCGGAUGUUCCAUCCGUGGGUUUGGUCAGUAGCCACAGAGUAAACCCAGGCUUGGAGUGUCGACAGCAUAUAUUUCUUCGUGGGCCUCCGCCAGGAUCUGCAAACCCUCCCAGAUCAGCCAGCUCUUACCGGCUGAAGCCGCCCAGCGUGCCGUUCCGUCCAGCGAGCGAUGGUCUUUCUGGAUAUAAGGAUUCCGGUAUCGCAGAAGGCGCGGCCCUCAGACCACAGUGGUGCUGUCACUGUAAAGUGGUUAUUCUUGGAGGCGGCGUGAGGAAAUCUUUCAGAGAUCUGGCCUUCGUGAACAAGGAUUCCCGAGAAAGCUCCCACAGAGUCGAGAAGGACAUUGUCUUCUGUAGUAAUAACUGCUUCGUUCUUUAUGCCUCAUCCACACAAGCAAAAAACUCAGAAAGCAAGGAAUCCGCCCCUCCGUUGCCACAGUCUCCUGUAAGAGAGACGCCUUCCAAAGCGUUUCACCAGUACAGUAACAACAUCUCCACCUUGGACGUGCACUGCCUCCCGCAGCUCCAGGAAGAAGCUUCUCCCCCCGCGUCACCCCCCAUCGCUUUCCCUCCGGCUUUUGAAGCAGCCAAAGUAGAGGCCAAGCCGGACGAGCUUAAGGUGACAGUCAAGUUAAAGCCUCGGCUAAGAACUGUCCACGGUGGGUUUGAAGAUUGUAGGCCGAUUAAUAAAAAGUGGAGAGGGAUGAAGUGGAAGAAGUGGAGCAUCCACAUUGUAAUCCCCAAGGGGACGUUCAAACCCCCUUGUGAGGAUGAAAUCGACGAGUUUUUGAAGACGCUGGGCACGUCCCUUAAGCCUGACCCUGUGCCCAAAGACUACCGGAAGUGUUGCUUUUGCCACGAAGAGGGCGAUGGAUUGACCGACGGACCGGCAAGGCUGCUCAACCUUGACUUGGACGUGUGGGUCCACCUGAACUGUGCGCUGUGGUCCACGGAGGUCUAUGAGACCCAGGCCGGGGCCUUGAUAAACGUGGAGCUGGCGCUGAGGAGGGGCCUGCAGAUGAAGUGCGUCUUCUGCCAUAAAAUGGGCGCCACCAGCGGAUGCCACAGAUUUCGGUGCGCCAACAUUUACCACUUCACUUGCGCCAUUAAAGCACAAUGCAUGUUUUUUAAGGAUAAAACGAUGCUGUGUCCCGUGCACAAACCAAAGGGAAUUCACGAGCAGGAGCUGAGUUACUUCGCGGUCUUCAGACGGGUCUACGUUCAACGCGACGAGGUGCGACAGAUCGCUAGCAUCGUGCAGCGCGGAGAGCGGGACCACACCUUCCGCGUCGGAAGCCUCAUCUUCCACACGAUCGGCCAGCUGCUCCCACAGCAGAUGCAGGCGUUCCAUUCCCCCAAGGCGCUCUUCCCCGUGGGCUACGAGGCCAGCCGCUUGUACUGGAGCACCCGCUACGCCAACAGGCGCUGCCGCUACCUGUGCUCCAUCGAGGAGAAGGAGGGGCGCCCGGUGUUCGUCAUCCGAAUCGUGGAGCAAGGCCACGAAGACCUGGUCCUGAGCGACUCCUCCCCUAAAGGUGUUUGGGAUAAAAUUUUGGAGCCCGUGGCGUGUGUGAGAAAACAGUCUGAAAUGCUCCAGCUCUUUCCAGCAUAUUUAAAGGGAGAAGACCUGUUUGGCCUAACGGUGUCCGCGGUGGUGCGGAUCGCGGAGUCCCUGCCUGGGGUUGAGGCGUGUGAAAACUACACCUUCCGCUACGGCCGCAACCCUCUUAUGGAGCUUCCUCUUGCCGUUAACCCCACAGGCUGCGCCCGAUCGGAACCUAAAAUGAGUGCCCAUGUCAAGAGGUUUGUGUUAAGACCUCACACCCUGAACAGCACCAGCACCUCCAAGUCCUUUCAGAGCACGGUCACCGGCGAGCUGAACGCGCCCUACAGCAAGCAGUUUGUGCACUCUAAGUCCUCGCAGUACCGGAAGAUGAAGACCGAGUGGAAGUCCAACGUGUACCUGGCCCGGUCCCGCAUCCAGGGGCUGGGCCUGUAUGCUGCUAGAGACAUCGAGAAGCACACCAUGGUCAUCGAGUACAUCGGGACUAUCAUUCGAAAUGAAGUUGCCAACAGAAAGGAGAAGCUGUACGAGUCUCAGAACCGCGGCGUGUACAUGUUCCGCAUGGAUAGUGACCACGUGAUCGACGCGACGCUCACCGGAGGGCCUGCCAGAUACAUCAACCAUUCGUGUGCGCCUAACUGCGUGGCAGAAGUGGUGACUUUUGAGAGGGGACACAAAAUUAUCAUCAGCUCCAACCGGAGGAUCCAGAAGGGAGAGGAGCUGUGCUACGACUACAAGUUCGACUUCGAGGACGACCAGCACAAGAUUCCGUGUCACUGCGGGGCCGUGAACUGCCGGAAGUGGAUGAACUGAACGCAUUCCUCGCCGUUCGGCGGGCGGCUCGUCCCCACGA